UCUCACCUUCACUACCUCCUACUCAUCAAAAUGAAAAGUUUCCUUUUGGCUUUUGCCCUCUUGGCUUUGGCUUCCUCAUUUGCCUCUGCUUUUGACCCCAGUCCGCUUCAGGACUUCUGUGUAGCCGUUGAUGACCCCUUGCACGGAGUGUUUGUGAAUGGGAAGUUCUGCAAGGACCCCAAGCUCGCCAAAGCUGAGGAUUUCUUCUUUUCAGUUAAAAAUCCUGGAAACACAAAUAACCCAGUUGGUUCAAAUGUCACUGCUGUAAAUGUAGAGCAAAUUCCAGGACUCAACACUCUUGGCAUAUCCGCGGUCCGUAUUGACUAUGCUCCCUAUGGACAAAACCCUCCUCACACUCACCCUCGUGGCACUGAGAUUCUUGUAGUCCUGGAGGGUACUCUUCUUGUUGGUUUCGUCACUUCCAACCCCGAUAACAAACUCUUCACCAAAGUUCUAAACAAGGGCGAUGUGUUCGUUUUCCCCAUUGGUCUCAUUCACUUCCAAUUCAAUAUUGGAAAAACAAAUGCAGUUGCGGUUGCUGGUUUGAGUAGCCAGAACCCUGGUGUGAUUACCAUUGCAAAUGCAGUAUUUGGAUCAGAUCCUGCCAUUAAUCCUGAUUUCCUUGCCAAAGCCUUCCAGUUGGACGUAAAAGUGGUGAAGGAUCUCCAGGCUAAGUUCUGGAUGGAUGGCAAUUAGAGAAAUGAUGUCAACUAAUGCUGUGAAGUAGCAGCUUUUUAGUUAUUUCUUUAAAUAAUGUCUGCAAAAUUCUAGCAAAAAUGGUGUAAUAAAGAGGUUUCAUAUAUGUGUACUCUGUACAUAUACGUACCCAUCUAUUUCUGUUCUUCGUUAAUGAUAUAAAAUUGCAGUUAACUUUUUUUUUCCUC